AUGAUCCUAGAAUUCCAGACACAGAAAUCCCUUAUGUGCACUAUCCGACGCCAAAUACGUAUGAUAGAAUGUGCGUGCACGGAGGUUAGGUUCUUUGCUAUCUUGUCAAUGCAGAGGUCGGGGAGUGGAUGGGUUGAGACAUUGUUGAAUAGCCAUCCGAAUAUUAGCUCCAAUGGAGAGAUUUUCUCCGUCAAACCAAGACGCAGUAAUAUCACUGAGAUAACAAAAACACUAGAUAAAUUAUACAAUCUGGAUUGGUACAGCAGUGCAGCUAAGAACGAAUGUACGGCUGCUGUGGGGUUGAAGUGGAUGCUCAAUCAGGGUCUAAUGAAGCACCAUCAAGAGAUAGUAAAAUACUUCAACCAAAGGGGUGUGUCUGCAAUUUUUCUAUUAAGAAGAAAUCUUCUCCAGCGCUAUGUCUCUAUAUUAGCAAAUGCCCAUGAUAGUGCCAUGAAACAACUAAAUGGAACUCAUAAAGCUCACGUGCACUCCAAACAAGAGGCUGAAAUUCUUGCUCAAUAUAAGCCAACCAUUGACAAAAAAACGUUGAUUACUGAACUAAAGCGGUCUGAUAAGUUGGCAGCUGAUGCCUUGAUGAAUUUCAAGAACACCAGGCACAUUGUUCUGUACUAUGAGGAUGUUGUCAAAAAUCGCACUAAGCUCAUGGAUGUCCUGGAUUUUCUGAGAUUGCCUAAGAGGAAGCUGUCCAGCCGGCAUGUGAAAAUCCAUACUAAACGACUGCGUGACCAUAUCGAUAACUGGGCAGAUGUUAGUAACGCUUUGACGGGGACGCGUUUUGAGAGCUUUUUGAAUGGCCGAAGCAGACGAUGA